AUGAAGGGAAAGAAAGUAGGAAACAAUGAAGAGACUGAAGAGGGAGAAAACGAAGAAACGGAAAUUAAGGUCUUGACACGACUUGACUACAUCACAAAUAGCUCUUCAAACACGAAUUUUUCAAAGGUUUUUCGAUCUAUUAGAAGGCAAAGAUUACUAAGAACUGCUGAUGCACAUGUUUG